AUGAAGAAUACUAUUGUCUCCGUCAUUCUGGCCAUUGGCCUCGCUUCUGCAAAUUCCCACCCUACUCUAGGUUCCCACGACACCUGGGCUCCAGCUGGCCCAGAUGAUUUCCGCGGCCCUUGUCCAAUGAUGAACACUCUCGCGAAUCACGGUUUCCUACCUCACGACGGCAAGAAUCUCACCAGUGAUGCCGUGGUCCAGGGUUUGCAGAAUGGUCUUGGCUUCGACCCAUCACUUGGCGCUAUCAUGUUUUCCCAAGCUCUAGUCGCCAAUCCAGAGCCCAAUGCUACUUAUUUCACCCUGGACCACCUUAAUGUUCAUAACGUACUGGAACACGAUGCGAGCUUAAGUCGCUCGGAUGCUUAUUUUGGGAACAAUCAUGUUUUCAACCAGUCAGUCUUCGAUACCACAAAGGCAUACUGGACCAGCGAGACGGUCACUCCGACUAUGUUGGCCAAUGGCAAGCUAUUCCGGCAAAUCGAGUCUCGUUCUUCCAAUCCAAACUACACCUUCACUACGAGAACGGAGGCGUUUAGUCUUGGCGAGGUAUCUGCGCCAAUUGUCGCUUUUGGCGACUUGGAUAUGGGCACUGUAAAUAGGACAUUGGUUGAGUACUUCUUCGAGAACGAGCGUUUCCCGACCAAGUUGGGAUGGAGCCUGAGGAAUGCUACAGUCACUCUAGAAUCAGUCGGACGAAUGCUAUCUCUCGUUGGAGAUGCUACAAAUCUCUUCACCAAUAGCACUGUCAGUAGUGCUACUAGUGAGAGCCUCAUGAGGAAAGUGAAGCGUCGAGAUUUGCAUGCUGGCAUUUGGGACAUGUAG